AUAACAAAAUCCGACACAGUGAUAUUCUACAAUUCUUCUACUGAAGCAAAUUGUGUUUGUAGUGAAGAUAUUAAAAAAGAUGAGGAAUCUAAUUUUGAUUUGGUUUUAAAAGAAAAGUGGAUGGAAGCCCAGAAGAAUGAAGUGUUUCGUUAUAUAUUAAACAUUCAAGAUUCGAAAAUAUUGGAAGGCAAAUAUCACUUUUUAGUCCAGCUAAAUAUUGAUCGCGGUUAUAAAAGAAGAUCUCCAGAAAGUAUUAUUUCAAUGAACCAACCUUUCAAUGAGAAAGAUUUUAACUUUACAAAACUUGUGUCAGAAGAACAAAUAAUGAAUUUAAAUAAUACAGACAAAGAUGAUAUAAUUGCAAUUAAUGCUAGUCCGAUUGAAUACUGUCAUUCUCUGCUGUUGCCACAAAGAUGUAAACAAUUACCUCAACUUGUAACAAAACAUAGCUUAGUGAAAGCUGUUGAGUUGUUUUCCUUGAGUUUGUCUUCAUACAUCAGGGUGGCUUUUAACAGUCUUUGUGCUUUUGCAUCUGUGAACCAUCUUCAUUGGCAUUUAUACUACUUGAAAUGGAGGAUGUUACUGGAAUAUAUUGACGUUGAAAAACUGAGAAUGCAAUUGAGUUUCACUUUUGGAGGAAGAAAUUUCCAUAAUGUGUCACUGGAUCAAGGUCAAGAACCCAUUGCUGAAGAAACCAUAGAACUUUCAGAGAACGAAGGCCACUGGGUAAGUUUGCAAAAUGUCCAUUUGGUGAGGAAAUGGUUGCCUGCAUUAGAAAAAAAGAUGGAACAAUGCUCGAAGAAUCCGCAUGAUGAUUAUCGAUUGUUCAUCAGAGCGGAACCCAGUCCUGAUCGUCAUGAAUCAAUAACACCUCAGGGUAUACUGAAAUCAGCCAUAAAGAUCACAAACGAAGCACCAUCUGAA